UCGAUAUCUUUGGAUUGGAAGCAGCGACAAUCUCGAGCUGUGGAGGAGGUUAGCGGUGUUGGUUCUUCAACCAGGAUUCUUUCUACCGAGGGGUUUGGGCGAUACACUCAACGUAGAAGAAUCUGAGUAAACCGCUGCGUUAGUCGCCUGCUGCCAUGAUGAGAAGCCUCUCCUUCCUGGUGGUCAGUGUCGUUCUGGUGUGUGCGUUGGUAUCGUCUGCUCCCGUAGAACAAGCUGCUGGUGAAAAGAUCGUUGAAGUUGCCAAGCGCGACCAGGAGGCGAUCCUGUUCGGCAACCAACAGAACGACCCUCGUUUAAAGAAGAAGAAAAGUGACCCUGCCGUCUCCGUAGUACCAAAAGACAGUAGCUUAGAUGAACAGGGCUCUGUGAUCGCAGUACCCGCUAAACAGGAAGACUUUAUCCCCGAAGACCAACAUGUAGCAGGCGGCGUCCAGGAGCAGACGGCAGUGGAAGCAGACGACAACCAAGGACAGACCGCGCCGGUUGUUCCCGCCAUCAAACAGCAGCUGCCAGAAGGUCCGGUUGGCGAUGGAGUCAGCGAAGCUGAGACUGACUCUGUUGAGGAAGAACUGAAGGACAUACUUGCCGACAAUAGCAAGGAAGGACCCGGGGAGAUAGUUGGAGCUCCUGUUGAGGGGCCUAGUGACGAUGUGCCGGCUGAGGAGGAGGAGGUAUCUGAGGCUUCAGAGGAGGGUGAUGAUGUAGAUCAGACAGACGAUUCAGAAGGUGCAGAUGUGGCUCAAGUUGGAAGCGAUGUGAGCACGCCGCUCUUGGACCUAUACUAUUACAUGCAGGAAAAUGACAAGGGACGCAAUGAACCCCAACAGCAAGACUAUUACCCCUACGACCUCAGUUACUACCCCUAUCGCCGCCGUCGCAGUUCCAGGCGUAGCCGUGCUAUCACAGAGGGAGACAUGAUCCACAACGAGGUGAAGCGAUCCAAGAGGAUCAAGCGCGACCUCCUUGACGACAUAGACGCUUACUCUUACGGAGAUGAAGAAGGCUAUCCCCAACAGCUCACCGAGGAGGAUCUGUACGAGCUCUACCGUCCAGAGCCUAGAUACGAAGACGAGGUGGCCUCCCUGCUAGACAUGUACCAGCAGGCACCGAAGGUUCCAGUGUACGAGCCCUACGAACCAUACCCAGCCGAGGACUCCUACCCUGAGUCAUUCGAGGAGCUGGAGCAGGAACCGGAGUACGUGCCCAGUAAACGCCAAAUGAUGAGCAACCUGCCAGGCAUCAGGAAGAGGUACUUCUACCCCUUCAGCCGGGAGCCCGAAACACACUGGGGAGCCUUCAUCCCCCAACAGAAACGGGACUAUGAGCAGGCCUAUAAGAGACUCUUGGCACUCGCCAGUGCUCUGUCUGAAGACUCCCCAUACUACCAGGAUUACAGGAAAAAGUAAAUUUCAAAUUUGAUGGGCAGAUCGAAAUUGGGAAGACGAAGUAACUUCUUUAUCAUCUAAAGGAAUACGUUUCGUGACGUAUCUUUGAUCUCGCCGUCUCGGAUGAGAUGUGAACACCGGAUGUGAUGUAUCUUGUCACGUGUUGUACAAAGACGUGCAUGGCUGUGGAUAGUCUGCAUGGAGGACCAUUAACAAAUCGUGAAAUAUAUUUAUUGAAAGGGACUAAGUACAAAUUAUCUGUAUACAUAAAUAGACAACAACCAAUUUAUUUUUCUGUGGAUGUGCAAUGUCGUCGACAUGUAGUAGUACUAUCUAGUGCUAGAUUGUGCAUAAUGUGUAGUUGUAUUUCAUCCUAACUAUCUGGUGUCCCACUCGCCUUUCUUCCCCUUGAUCUCUAUGUUAAACGCAAGAAAGGAAACCUAACCUUAAACCAAACUUGUUUACACAUUUCUCUGAGUAAAAACAAAAGUAAUAAUCUGUUGACGUGUAAACAAUUUUGGUUUUUCGACGUGAUACCGUAUCAAUGUAUGUAUGUGCGUGUUGGUAGGAAGAUAAAGGUCUCCACGGGUUUCAGGAAAUGUCCAUAUAUGGUAGCUGUAUCAUAUCACUCGGCACUUUUCGUAGCAAUCGUUUACGGAAAAAGCCGAGACAACAUAACCCCACACAGUUAUUAUGUUCCGAGCUAUUUUUAAAAUUAUAUUUAUUAUAGAGAAUAUCGCUUUAAAUGCAUCUGCUGAGUCAAUACUACUCCUACUACUCAAACUGUUCGCUGUAUAUGUACACACAUUGGAGUGAUAAAACAUAGAGGCUUUCCCAGCAGGUGAACAGCUCUUUCAUAGGUUCAGUUGAAUCAUUAUUUUUGCAGAUGAACCAUCUUUAUCAUACAAAGGUCACAACAACAUCAAAUAUUCAUAUGAAAAUAACGUAUUGUUCAUCAACCUUAACCAAUCACAUUCAACGCGAUUGCCAAAAUGUCAAACUGAAUGUGUAAUAUCCCACCGUUACCAUGGCUACCCAAGGUUGUGAUGUUAAAGGGAUGUGUCUCGUUAUUUGCUGACGUCAAUAAAAAAUUUAACUGAG